AUGUUUGAGACUCUCCAAGAUAGAGCGGGUGAUGGAGAGUUGUUGCUGCCGUUGAAGACCAACUCAUCACUCGCCCUUCAACCCUGCGUGGCAGGACGCAAACCGGCCAUGAGGGUAGACGAGGACCGUCUUGCCGUGAAAAAUGUCAGUUCGGUGGCGGGUAUGCAGGAGACUUGA